AUGCAAUCUCUGAUAUUGAGUUUAGCCCAAAAAUUAACAAGAAAACGAAGCAUUAGUCAAAGUCCCAUUAGAGAGUCUCGUGGUCGUAAAAGACGAGAUAGUUUUAUUGAAAUUUCAUCUGAUGAGUCAAUUGAAGAUCAGCACUAUAAUUACAAAGAUUCAAAAGGAAAGAAUCAUUGUUCAGAUUAUAAGAAAAGCUCUAAAGAAAGGUCACGUAGUCGCUUUUCUGAAAGUCCAUACAGUAGACAUUUAGAUUAUCGAUCAAAAGAAAAGUAUGAUCAUCAUUUAAUGCGGUAUAGAAACUCUGAACGAAGUCCUACACCAAAUUCGGCUGAAAUUGAGGAAGAUGGUCCUGUGAAUCUUGUAUCAGUCUGUCGUCUCUUAUCAGCAUUAGAAACGGAACUUGGUCUUUUAGCAAAACCUGUUAUUGAUUUACUGAAAAAAGGAGUGGCACUUGAAAAAUCUAAGCCAAAUUCUGCAGAUGAACUUCUUUUCAACACUGAAAAUUCUAAUAUACUAGAAACAGUAAAGGAAAAAUUGAAAGGAGUCUUAACUGCUAAUCUUUUAGCUUCAAAUAAAAUUGUCGCUGUAAAGCGAGCGAUUCAGAAUAUUGCCACAUUAUUACAUGAUGUGAAUUCAAAAAAGAAACAUGAAAACGAAAAUAAGACAUCAUUGAAUGAAGAAAAUUCUGAUCCUGUUGCUUUAGCAAAACUCGAGAUUGCCAAAGUGAUCACUCAGUCAUUAUUGGAUCAAGGACGUAGCGAUUUUCCACCUGAAGAACUCGAAGCAUUGGUUGAAAGUUUUAUAGAAUCAACUAAAAAUGAUGAGCAGCAAAAAGCUAAUAAGAUUGAAAAUGUUAAAACAAAGGAUAGCAUUGAAACGUUGAAAACCCCUCUAGUAGUAACAACAGACACGAAAAAAUCUUCAGAAAAUUCUACAGGAUUGGAAAACUUAACUGACGAAGACUUGCAAACAUUGUUAAGAAAUUUUGCAGACCUUACAUCAGACGAGCAAACACAUUUGAUUGCAUAUCUUUCUAAAAUUGAACAAUCAAAUCCAGCUCGCGUUGAAAAACUGAGAAAAUUUGUCAAUAUUGGAGACGUUGACGAAUAUAAUGAUUUCGAAGAAAAUGUUACAAAAAUGAAAUCUGAUAGAGAGUUAGAUACAUCGUUUAAUGAAACAUCAAUGGAGUUAGUAAAGAAUGACCUUUCGGACGAUGAUUACGAUGAUGAAAUAAUGGCAAAACAUUUAGGAAGCUCUGACGAUCUAAAUAAAAAGCCAUCUAUGUCUAGUUCUGCUGUAUCAAGCAAUGCAUUUAAGGAUAAUUUAGGAUUAGCAGAUAGUUUAAUGAGCUCACUUAUUCAAAGUUCAAUGCCAUUAUCGAUGAACAAUGAGUUAGAAUUACAAGGAAAUGAAUGGGGAGGUGCUUGCGUAAGUGGUGCAUCUGCUUACUAUCAGCAGCCACAAUUAAAAAAUUAUCAAAAUUUAAUGUCGAGAAACUUUUCCGUUUAUCCUAAUGUUUUAAUUCCACAGAAUGAAAUGUCCAUACAAGUAAUUACUCCUCAAAUGGAAAGUUCUUGGCCGCAACAAAGUUCGGUGUCAAAUUUCACAUAUGAACAGAAUCAUUCUCAUGACUAUCCAAAUAAAAAUAAUCGAGAUAAUGUUCAAUAUCGAAAGAAAUUUGAAAACCAUAAUAAUCAUCAGCUGACUGGUAAAAAAUCGAGACGAUAA